AAAAGGGAGGCUGAUAGAGAGAGGGGAAAAAAAGCUACCUUUGCCAAGGCUAUAGCAUCGACACGUAAACAUGAUCGACAUCUGCCACAGGCCAUUGGCCAUCGAGGCUACAAGGCUGCAUACCCGGAGAAUUCGAUGGCUGCAGUUCGCGGGGCGGUGGAGGUCGGUGCCCAUGCUGUCGAGAUUGAUAUCCAUCUUUCUGCGGAUGGCGUUGUUGUCCUCUCUCACGACCCAACCUUGAAGAGGUGUUUUGGCGUGGAUAAAAAGGUGGCCGACUGCGACUGGGAGUACCUCUCCACCCUCGAGACGCUGAGGGAGCCCCGUGAGCCCAUGGCCAGGCUGCGCGAUGUGCUCUCCUGGCUGUGUAAGCCUGGUCUGGAAGACAUAUGGGUCGUCCUGGAUGUCAAGCCCGACGACGAUCCAAACGACUUGCUCGCGGCGACCAAGGAGACCCUGGACAGCGUCACGGAGACGUCCAAGCCGUGGGACCAGCGUGUCCUCGUAGCAUGCUGGAACACUGACCCACCACACCACACAAAGGCAAGGACCAUCCAAGCCGCUCACGAGUUCCUCCCAACCCACCCGGCCAGCCUCGUCGGGUUCCACCUCGGCUUCGCCCGACACUUCCUGCCCAUCCCGGGACUGGGCAUGAGCGUCCUCCACCGCGCCCUGGGCGGCGGCGCCCAGGGCACCCGCUUCCUCGAAGACGUGCACGCCGCCCAGAGGCCGAUGCUCACGUGGACCGUCAACGACGAGUCGUGGAUGGAGUGGUGCGUGCGCAGGAGCGCGUCCGAUGACGGUGACGCCAGGACGCCGCCCUCCCCCGACGACCUGGCCACCCGUCUCUUCGACGGCGUCAUCACCGACGACCCGAGAGUCUUCCUCCAGGUGUGCAGCCGCUGGGAAGAUGAGCUGGACGGCAGGCAGACCGUCGCGAGGAGGCAGACGACUGCUUUGGGCGCACUGUGGGAGGACAUACGGUCCACUGCUCAGUCCUUGGUGCUCACCGUUGUCGGGUCCUUCUUUCUCUUCGUCUACACUAGGGCUGGGAGGUUUGAUUACUUUAGUGACGCCAAGAAGCUCAAGCUGUGA